AUGGAGGCAAUUGUGUUAGUCCGAAUACAUGUAGUUGUCCAGCGGGCAGAUACAGUGGUCCGAACUGCAAUGAUCCCAUUUGUACACCGUCAUGCAAGAAUGGAGGAACUUGUUCCCAAUCGAGACAGUGUGUAUGUCCGAGUACCUUUCAAGGGAGUGACUGCGGAAAUCCUAUUUGCAGACAACCUUGCCAAAAUGGUGGCACAUGCAUUUACCCUGAUGUAUGUUCAUGCGCUGAAACUUAUACAGGACUUCUUUGCGAAACACGUUACCCUAUGUUCCUACCAUUCCCCAUGUUUUCCUGGGACGUGUAGCAAUUCCGUAAAUUGUCAGUGCUAUCAAGGUUUUUCUGGUCAGAAUGGUUCACAACGAUGCAAGACAAUGACUUCAAGAGUGGGUCCAACAAUUACUCGAUGCACUUCCGUCCUUGCUAAUAUUGAAAGAACUGGACAGAAGAGAGAAAAAUAUCGCUUUAUGACGGAUUCCUCUGAACCGAACUCAACUAGAGUAGAUACAUUGUGGCUUAAUCAAAAGGAUUAUAAUUAUAUCAACGUAGAAUUUUCAGCUUUCUAUACAGGACCAGACAACCUGGCAGUUCCUGAAUAUGUAGAACAGUUCAAAUUCGGAAUUGUGUCAGGAAAAAUUCAGAUUGAUCUACGGAAAAUUGACCGAAAUGAUCCAAACAACCCUUUUGUGAGCCAAAGUCAGACCAAAAACUGUACUAAUCAACCAGGUUCACUUAAUCCUAAUGACGAUGUUUUUCAUUGUAACUUCACAGAUGAAAACUUUGACAGACUUCUAGAAAGCGGGGACAAUUUGACGUUAACGGUUAUUGCUGAAAAUGGAGGAUUUCGAGAACUUAAGAGUCCAAGUACUCAAUUAAAGGAUUUAUUUAUCGGCCAUAAGACCACAAAAUCAACAAUGUUUCGUUUUGACUUUGAGAAACCCCAUCAUUGCCUUCAAAAGGGAUCCUGUAUGGCGAAGGUUUUGGAUGUGAUAGAAGAUAUUACAAAGUCACCAAUAACAUUUAUUUGGAACAACUGGAUUGAUGACCUCUCAGGUAUACAAGGAUACAAGCUUCAGGUUUAUUUGCUGAAACCGAAUACAACAUACCUUACAGAGCCUUAUCCAUGGAACCCACUUCAAGAGAUAUCCUUCAACAAAACAAAGUCAAAUUAUAGGUAUUUGUAUACACCCAGACAGGCAGGGAUGUAUUCGUUUAUUUUAAACGUAAUAGACAAUGCAAACAAUACACAGUACGCUCGCACCUUGGUGUUGUAUGACCCUUCAUCAAACAUCACACUGUCGACUUCACCAUUCUUUGCCACAAGUGCAGAACCAGAAACAAACUACAAAUGGCAAAAUAAUCUCGAAAACAAUAUUACAAUGUCAUGGAAAGGACACUUUGAAAACAAAUUCCACCACGAAAAUAAACUUCUGAAUCAGGUUGCACGUUAUCAACACUUUGAUCAUAUGACAAAAUAUGAGAAACAAGUACCUCAAAAACUUGAUGAUAACACAGGAAAUAGAACACUGCAAAGUAUACAAAAUAUUCGUGGUAUAGUGAAAUUUGAAUAUUUCUUUACGAAUGGAAACAGUGACAGGGCGCCCGAGAAAUGGUCUCCAGUAACAGACAUGUUUUCAGAAAGUCAAACAUUCUUUAAAGAGAGGAAAGAUGGAGAUGCGAUAAAUUUCUGGGUCAGGGCUACUGACGUCAUGGGGAAUGAAAAAGUAGACUUAACAAAGAUUUUUUUUGAUUCCACUCCACCAGUGAAAUUGGAAGAUUCGGACGUUAAAAUAACACUUAACAUUAAAUCUGCGACAUAUGCUUUUUCAAGUCGAUUUCAGAUAGAAACAUUUGAUAGAGAUAGCGGAAUUCAUAAAAUCCACUUGGAGCUAGUAGCGAACAGCAGCAACAAAUUAUUCCAUAAGAGUGAUAUUCAAGGAAAUAAGUCUAAUAUUGAUGUUAGGAAAGAAGGUUAUAGAAUACCUAUGGGAGACUUCUAUUAUUUUAGUCACCAUAUUGACAUAAACAAUUGUUGGAUGGUAGUGUCAAAGGAAAAAUUCUCGGAGGAGUUUGUUCUGCUGAAUCUGACUGUAUAUAACAACGCAAUGGAAACAACCCAUUAUAGUAGAACGUUUACAGAUUUAGCUUCACUUGACGGCAUCGAUGAAUACAUUGGUCCAGUGAAUUUGAGUGUGAUAGCAACCUAUGACAACAGCGUUCGUCUGAAAUGGGUCGUCUCUCCAACCUGUUACGAAAGGUCAAAAAUUAUUCUGCAAUUCCGUUCAUCUAGUGGCCAAACAGAGACCCGAUUUAUAGACAAAGACGCAGAUUGGGUGGAUUUGACAGGACUGGAUCCGGAAACAAGUUAUAAUCUGUCUUUUGUCACAGAGUAUGGAAGGCAAAGAAGUGAUCCCGUGUUUCUGAAUUUCAAAACAAUCGAAUCGCCAGCCGCUCUGACCGUAGGAGCGAUAGCAGGAAUGUCCACCGCGUUUUUGAUACUUCUUGGUGUAAUUGUUGCUAUGGUAGUACUAUGGCGACUAGGGCGUUUGUCAGUUGUACGAAAUGAUAUUCGACGCCGGAUGACGGAAGUUCGAAAGAAUAUAUCUAAUCGAUUUUCAGCUAAUCCCGACAAUGAUAUAGAUGACAUUUACAUCUAUGGCCAAAUGGAACUUAAUAAUACUGACAGAUGGAUUUUACCGAGUUCUGACAUUGUGUUGGAUGCUUUAUUAACAAGUGGAAGAUUUGCAGACAUAUAUAAGGCCAGAUACCAAAAGCAAAAUAACAAAGCCAAACAAAUUGUUGUUGCAAAGACUCUAAAAAGUGGUUACAGUGAAGAAAACCUGCUGAUGAUGAGAGCAAAGAUAAAUUUUUUCGGAAAAGAAGUCGGGGAACAUCCAAACAUCAUUCAUUUCAUUGGAUCUGUCAUCGAUAAUGAUGCAUUUGGUCCAUAUAUGGUUUUUGAGUACUGUACAAGGGGACAGCUUCGAGACUGGUUACUUCAACAAAAGAAUGAAUCAACAGAGGAAAUUGUGGAACUAUUAUAUCGAAUUGUUUAUGGAAUUUCCAAGGGAAUGUACUACCUCGAGACCAAAAAGAUUGUGCACAGAAGACUUGCAGCGCGAAAUGUGUUACUAUCUGAGGAACUAGAACCCCAAAUCUAUGGAUUUGGACCGGAACCACAACAACAGCAAAGUACCGAAGAUGAUGGAGGUGGUACCUCCGAAGAAAAGGAGCGAAUCCCUGUAAAAUGGACAGCCCCAGAAUGUUUUGUUUCAAUGAAAACUGCCAGCACAAAAAGUGAUGUGUGGUCUUUUGGGGUUGUUUUAUGGGAAGUUUUUUCUUUGGGUGAAACUCCAUACCCGGGAAUACGAAGUAGAGAUGUUCAAGCUCAAGUUAGAAAUGGCCAUAGAAUGAACAGACCAGAGUUUGCAAAUGACUUCUAUUAUGGAAUUAUGAGGAGUUGCUGGAAUACUAAACCGAGACGAAGACCAUGCUUUAAAGAUAUAUCUACAGAUAUCGGAAAAACCUUCAGCACGGUACCUUCUGAUGAAUACUAUUAUUACUGUGAAAAAGGAAGCAAGUCCUGAAAAUUGGUUUUGAGCUUGCUAUUCAAAUCAAAAAUUUAUUGUGUAUUGAAUUAUUUCACUACAAGAAUGAAUUAUUUUAACAUACUUCAAGCAUUUUGUGAAAGGCAAAAUUAUAUUUCUUAACCAUCUGAAAAUGAAUCCUUAUAGCCAUCCUAUAAUAAUAGAGCGUUAUAAAUAACUACAAACAAUCAUUAUGAAUAUAUUUAAUUAUUACUUUGUUGAAUUUUCGAAAUACUAUAGGCUUUUAUUAGGUCACACCUGAUCCCACCUCUGAUGUUUAGAGGUCCGUGUUUGCUCUGCUCCUAUUUUGUAUUGAUUAAUGGACUUUUGAGCUUGAAUACUGUUCGUUAUCUCCAUAUAUUUCAUGUGUUUACUCAGGUGACCUAUUGCUAUCUAUUUUUGUCCGUCGUCGUGCGUCGUCCGUCGUUCGUUAACAUUUAAACGUUUUCAGCUUCUUCUCUAGAACCAGUGAACUAAUUUCAACGAAUUUUGGCAUAUAGCAUCUAUGGGUAAAGAAAGUAAAAAUUAUGAAUUUCAUUGCCCCUGCCCCAUUGUGGCCUGAGGGGUGCGGCUAAAACCAUCAAAAUUAAUGCAAUCUUUAAAAAUCUUCUUCUUUACUCCUGGACAUCAAGCAGUCAAACUGUUGGCAGGAUUGUAAUAUACAUCGAGCCCUCUACCAGAAUUGUGAAUUUCAUGGCCCCAGGGUCAGGGGUUCUAGUGCUUAGGCGGGGUCUGUUAAAUAUGUAGUGAAAAUGCAUUAUUUCUUUAAAAUGUUCUCCACUGCUCCUGGGUAUUAAGCAAACAAAUAAUUAUGAUUAGGAAGGGUGCCUCUUCCUUCCAAAGUUGUGAAUUUCAUGGCCCCUGGGAUAGGGAUUCUGGUGUAAGGACGGGACUCUUAUGAUCAUAUAGUGAAUCUAUUGAUAAUAUAGGAAAAAUGCAUUAAUGCUUUGAAAAUCUUCUCCACUGCCUCUGAAUAUAAAGCAAACAAUCUAAAUGCAAUAAUAUAAAUGUAAAUGUAUAAAUAUAAAUUGAGCAAAUGUGCCUUUUCUCUGCUCCUUGGUAUCUAGGAUGUAAACAGAUUACGAAAUUGUAAUAAGUGAAGUAAAUGAGAGUUACUCCCCUUUACUAAUUUGUAUUGAUCAAGAAAUCCUUGUAUAUAAUUUAAUCAACAGGUUAUUUGAUUGAUUGAGAA